AUGUAACCUCAAAAAUGCCGUUUGUUAUUGCACUUUGUCUCUUAACACGUUGCCGCCUCAACCAUCGCUCCAAGACACACACAACUCAACUCCUCCCUUUCACCAUCAUCUUAGUUUAGUCCAACGCCAACAACAAAAUCCACAUCAACAUAUCAUUAGAUUCAUUUUGUUCUUUGUUCUUUCUUCUUCAGUCACAACAACUCCUCCCUUUCGUUUGAUUUUCAUUAUGAUAUCCUUGUCACCCUGAAACCCUAGUUUUUUCAGUCCCUCAAAAUCAACAGUGAGAGGUUUUGGUUGCUAAUCUGCUACUGAGUUAUGAUUCGAUGUUGGGUUCCUUCAGAUAGAGACAGAUUGGAUGAGCAAAAAUGGAAAUUCAAGUGCGAUUUGCUAACCUUGUGAGCUUCUACUCAAGUAACUUCCUUUAGUACAUUCGAUUUGUUUCCAUAGUUCUUGAAUGAACAACAAGCUAUUUGAUUUAUUGGAAAAUUGAAGACUAAGAUGAGGGCAAGAACCGAAAGAGAUGAACUAUCUAAAGAUUUAUCAGCGGGGGUAACGAAACCUUUAUGCUUUCUUAUAGUUUUUGUGAUUGGGAUAGUGAUUGGUUUAGCUUCAAGUUCACAUGUCGAUAGAUAUUUCACUUCACAACCCUAUAAUCUUAAUCGGGGUCGUGAAUCUAUACCCCCUAAUUCUCCUUCUACUUCUAGCAUCACACAAACUACUUAUCAUCAGAACUGUACAACUUCUACUGAUAUUGUGAGUAAUUGUGUGAAAGACGAGUGUUUGAGUAUGAAAAGCUUUCUAUCGCAAAAGAAUCUGAGCCAUAGUAUGACAGAUGAGGAGCUUUUUUGGAGAGCUUCAUUGGUGCCUGAGAAAGCACACUAUCCGUUCGAUAGAAUGCCUAAGCUAGCUUUUAUGUUCUUGACAAGAGGACCUCUUCCAUUUAUUCCAUUGUGGGAGAGGUUUUUUAAGGGUCAAGAUGUGAGAAAGUAUUCGAUUUAUGUUCAUACAAGUCCUGAGUUUGAUCUUGGUGUUUCAAAUUCUUCGGUGUUCUACAAUCGGCAGAUUCCUAGUCAGGCGGUCGAAUGGGGAACCGUAUCUUUAGUCGACGCGGAACGCCGACUUUUAUCCAACGCACUGCUCGACUUCUCAAACGAACGAUUCAUUCUCUUAUCCGAAAGUUGCAUUCCAAUUUACAACUUCCAAAAAAUCUACAAAUACCUAACAAAAUCCAUCUAUAGCUACCUCGAUUCCUACGAUGACCCGUCACGAUACGGGCGGGGCCGUUACAACACCUAUAUGAAACCCGAGAUCCGGAUCCGCGACUGGCGAAAAGGGUCACAAUGGUUUGAAAUGCAUCGGGCACUCGCGAUUAAAAUAAUAUCGGAUACAAAGUAUUAUGAUUUAUUUAAAAAGUAUUGUACGGAUGAUUGUUACCCCGAUGAACAUUAUAUGCCGACUUUUGUGCAUAUGUUUUAUGGGGAGCUUAAUUCGGAUAGAACGGUGACGUAUGUUGAUUGGUCGGUGGGGGGCCCGCAUCCCGUGAUCUUUGAGGGUGGAGAUAUUACCAAGGGUGUUUUGGAAAGUUUGAGGAAGAGUGGGAAGAAUUGUGUGUAUAAUAAGGGGACAACGGAUGUUUGUUAUUUAUUUGCUAGGAAGUUUGAUCCAACUGCUUUAGAGCCGUUGCUUGAGAUCUCAUCAGAAGUUCUUGAAUAUUGAAGAAGAUUGGUUUUGGGGAGAUUGGUUUUUUGAGAAAAAAAUUGUUGUGGUUUUGUAGUGUUUUAUUGGGAAGUGAUUGGUUUAGUUAAAAUGUACAAAGUUUUUGGUGUAUUGUUUUGAAUCUAACAUUUAUGGUAAAGGUGCUAAAUCGUUGUUGUAAUCGGU